AUGAAGAGAGAGGGUCGACAACAUGGCAUGGUCCGAACCAACCCUAUUCUCCCACAACCUUUCAACCCAAGGCCCGUGGCUAGGCAUGUUAUCAAGCUUGGCUCACCACCAAUUGCCGGCAUGUUCACCAAGGUUUCAUCAAAGCCCACGAACCACUCCAAGUUUACGGGAAAGUGCAGUCGACCCCGGUGCAACGGGUGCCAUAUUCACCCAGCUUGUAAGGCGAAGGACAAGACCAAGGGUGCCAAAAAGCUCAGAUUGAUCACUAGGAGGGUCGCGGAUACAAAACCUGGAUUCAAGUUUUCGGGUUCUUCCACAAGUGACAUUUUGGAUCAGUUGACUUAUAUGGAUGAUGGUGAUUGUGUUGAUGAUGUUCUUGAUGGAUUAUGCGAUGCCCAGAUAUCGUCGAAUGAUGUUGAAAUUGAAGAGAUAGAUGGAUAUGAUAACGACGAUCAAAUGAGUUUCUGUGAAGUGGGGUUUGUGUGGGAACCCUUGGAUGGAGAUGAGAGUUGGUGCCUGGUAGAAGAAAUGUGA